AUGAAUAAUCACCUGUCGAAUAAUCGACGACAAAAGAAGUCAUUGCGUCGAACAUGGUCUCAUCGUUUACCAUCGUUUGCGACAGAUACCGUUAAAAUGGUUGUUGCUACUAUGCAAUUAACUAAUACGACGACUAAUUUAAAUAAGGAAUACAUCAAUAAUAUUCCUGAACAUGAACAAUAUGAUGAUAAUGAUGAUGGUGAUGAUGAUAAUAUAUUUAAUAUUGGACAACAAGUACAAGCACAUAUUCCAGAUAUUGUUUUAAAUAAUUUAAAUGAUUUAAUUGAUCGUCAAGGUAAUAUAUCAAUACCAAAUGAACAUAAAUAUGAUAAUACAACAUUAUUAUUUCUUGAUGUAUCGGGUUUUACAUCAUUAACUGAACAAUAUUCUAAUGAUGCACAUUUAGGUAUUGAUCAAUUAACACGUACAUUAAAUUCUUAUUUCGAUAAACUUGUUUAUGAAAUUUUAACACAUGAUGGUGAUAUAUAUAAAUUUGCUGGAGAUGCUAUACUUGCAUUAUGGACAAAUGAAACAACAGGUUCACAACAAGCAUUAAAAUGUGCAUUACAUUUGCAACAAAAAUGUGGGGCUUAUGAAACUGAUGUAGGUGUUAUAUUACGUCUUAAAGUAGCACUUGCAUAUGGACCUGUAUGUGCUAUAUUUGUUGGUACAGAUGAAUUUAAACAUUAUUUAUUAACAGGUAAUUGUGUUAAAGAUGUUAAUAUAUGUGAACAAUUAUGUGAACCUGGUGAUAUUAUUUUAACAAAAGCUGUUUAUGAUAAACUUAAAGAAGUAUCAUUUAAUUGUACAUUUGUAUCUGUUAGUGAUGAUAUUGAUCCUAAACACGAACAUAUUGCUGUUAAAUAUUCACAAUCAAAAAAAACAUUAGAUGAAGAUUCUGAUUUAGAAGAACAUAUUAGUAAUUCAGCAGUGAUAAAUGAUAGAAUGGACAUUUCUAAUCAAGAAAUAACCUACGAUAAUAAUAACAAUAAUAAACAAUCGUCUGAAAAUGAUUUAUCAAAUAAUGAACUUAAUCUUAAAAUUGAUUCAUUAAUGAAAUCAUUUUUAUUACAUUGUGUUCAUCAACGUAUUGAACGUAAACAAUCAUUAGAUUAUUUAUCUGAAUUACGUCGUGUAACAAUAUCAUUUAUUAAUCUUAAUAUAUCAAGUGAACAAACAAUAAAUGAUAAUUUACAUGAAAAUAUUCAUAAAAUAUUUGUACAAAUAUAUAAAUUAACUAAAAUGAUGGGUGGAGUUUUAACAAAAGCAUUAUUAUUUGAUAAAGGUUUUUCAUUUUUAUGCGUUUUUGGUUUACCUGGUUAUAAACAAGGUGAUGAUACAGCUAAUGCACUUAAAUCUGCACAAAUGAUUCAUUCAACAAUUCGAGAUCAAUAUCAAUUUGUUGAAAACUGUUCAAUUGGUGUGACAACUGGUCUUACUUAUUGUGGUGUGGUUGGACAUACAGCACGAUGUGAAUACACAGUUAUUGGUCGAAAAGUAAAUAUGGCUGCACGUUUAAUGUGUAAUUAUGUAAAUAUAGUUUCAUGUGAUCAAGAAACAUAUUAUAAUUCACGUUUAAAUAGUCGAUAUUUUCAAAAAUUACCUAUUAAAACUUUAAAAGGAAUGAAUGAUGUUGGACUUAUUUGGCAGUAUGAUGAUCAUCCUGAAUUACCUCAAAUGAUCGAACAAAAUAGAGCACCUAAUUUUCAAAUAAAUGAAAUAAAACAAGAAUGUUAUCCAUUAUUAGGAAGAAGAGUUGAAUUAAUGAUUGUUGCAGCACAAAUUAUGUUACUUGAUGAACCAGUUAAUAGUUCAAAUAGACGAAGAGAUCUUGCAGCUAUUAUCUUUGAAGGUGAAGAUAAAAUCGGCCGAAGUCGUUUAUUACAAUUUAUAGCUAAUUCAUUAGAAAAUUCAACAAAUGUUCAUAAUAUUUCAACUUUUUCUCAUUAUGAUGAUACAUACAUUCCAAAUGAUUCAACAAUAAAUACUAAUAAUACAAUACUACCAGUGUAUGAUACUGGAGCAAGACCAAGAUCAUCAUUGGGCAAUUAUUCUAAUGAUUGUUCAAUAAUUAAAAAGCCAUCCACACAAGUUAUUAAUUAUCAUUGUCAAUUUGAACAGCGUUUUAAUGAAUUUGGUUUAUUACGUUCGUUAUUAAGACAAUUAUUACAAUUUCAUAAUGAUGAUAAAAGUCAACAUGAACGUGAACAACAUCUUUUACGUUUAUUUGAUAUAAGUAAAGCAAAUGAUUUAUAUCUAAGACGAAAUUUAUUUGUAUUAAAUGAUCUACUUGAUGUUAGAUUUCGAUGUAGUCAUAUUGAAACAGAAAAUACUAAUGAUAAUAAUUUAGUUAAAACUUAUGAAGUCAAUCUAAAUGAAUUACUUUUACAUAUUUUAAAUAAACUUAUUGAACCACAAAAUAAUAUUGGAGAAUUAUAUACACCAUCAUCAACAACAGGAAAUACAAUGAAUACAUCACAUCCGCCUUAUGUCCAAUCUCAUCCUUCAAUUUGUUCAGCAACAAGUAUAACAUGUUCAACUAUUUCAACUAUAUCAAAAAUAAUCUUUAUUAUUGAUGAUAUUCAUUUUGCUGAUAAAAGUUCUCUUAAACAUUUACUUACAUUAGGUAGUCAUAGUAGAUGUUUAUUAAUUCUUUCAAUGAAACCACCAAGAAAUAAUCAUAAUGAUGGAUCAAUAUCAACUAUUCUACAAUCAAUAAGUACAGAUUCACGUGUUUAUCUUCGUCGUUUACCUGGUUUAGAAUUACGUUACUUAGCAACACUUGCAUGUCAAAUGUUAUCUGUUCAUCGAAUUCCAGCUAAACUUGUUAAAGUAUUUAAUGAAAGUUGUAAUGGUAUACCUGGUUUUUGUGAACAAAUCUUAUUUGAUUUGUUAAGUAAAGAUAAAAUCUAUAUUGUUGAGGAUAAUAACAAUUCAUAUGAUGAUGAUCCAAGUUUAAUUGAAGGUGAUGCUGAUAAACUUUUAUUAAAUAAUCCAAUAAGAAUAGGUUUAUUUAAAACGUUUUUUUCACGUCGAAAACAACAAAUAACAAAUGAACAACGUCAAAAUGAACGUGCUUUUUCACGUAUAUGUUUAUUACGUAAUCCAACUGAAAAUGAUUUUAAUGCUGAUUGUCAACAAAAUUUUCAAAAUUAUAUUAUGUGUCGUAUUGAUCGUUUAUCGGAAGGUGAAAGUCUUCUUGUUAAAAUAGCUGCUGUUGUUGGUAAUACAUUUUCACGAAUGUUUUUAUGGCAUUUAGUUGAUCCAAAUUCAAAACAAUUAAUUAAUAUUAAUUCAUGUAUAUUAGAAAUGAUGCAACGAACAAUAAUUGAAUGUGCUUUUAGUAAACAACAAAUAACUAAAACACGUUCAAUUAAAUGUUAUUGUUUACAAAAUCCAGGUGGUUUUCCAUCACAAUGUCGUCUUAUGGCAUUUACACAUUCAACAAUACGUGAAGGAAUAUAUAAUUCAUUAACAGAUGGUUUGAAACGUUUAUUAACACGUAAUGCUAUUGAUUAUUUAGAAAACCAAUGUACUAUUGUUUGUAUAACAUGUGCAACAAAUAAAAAUGAUAGUCCGUUUCUUGUUGAUGAACAAGAUGGUUUAGCUAAAAUUAUUAAAAAUAGUCAACAACAUGCUUUUGUUGAUAUUGUUAAAAUAGCUGCAUUAAAAGAAAUUGAUAAUACUAUUAAAAAAUUAUCAAAUAUAAGUAGUUCUCCAAAAUAUUCACAUACGAAACGAACAUCAUAUGGUAUACCUGAAGUCUAUACAGAAUCAAAUGAAAAUGAAACGACUAAUCAAACUAGAAGUUCUAACAAUGAUGAAGAUAAACGUCGAAAUAGUGUUGAUUCUAACAAUACUGAAUCACUACAUCCAAAAGAAACUGUAUCUCGUUUCUAUUCUGUUGAACAUGAUGAUGUUACUAAUGAAAAAAAAACACAUCUAAAGACUCCUCGAUUAUCGCGUCAUAAUUCACAUGAUCCAACAUUAACUUUGAUAAGUGUUUAUUCUCCUAAUAUGUCAUCAACUAUUCAAUUUAAUGUUCGACGUUCAUCAUCAUCAUCAUCAGUAAGAAAACCAAGUCAAUUUUUUUCUUUAUUCAAAGUACCAAAACAACGAAGUAUCUCUAAAUCUCUAUCAAAUACUCAACUGUUACAAACAGUUGAUGGAGUUGUAUUAGAUGAUAAUACAAAUCAAACUAAAACUAAUCUUACAAUUGAAAUACCAAAAACAACAGAACAAAAUAAAAAUAAUCGUUUUAUUUCAUUUUUUCAAUAUCUUUUCUGUCAAUGUGUACCAAUGGGUUCGAAUGCAACCGUAACACCUGCUAUUAAUAAUAAUCAAACAAAGAAUAAUAACAAUUGUUUAAAUCAAAUUUCUGCAACUAAUACAUCUACACAAGUAGACAAUCAUCCGAAGGAAAAUGUAGUUGCAAAUAAACGUUCAUCUAAUUGGAUGAAAGUUCGCAGAGCAGUCUUACCAGCUCAUGGUAAAAGUCUUCGAACAAUACCAAACGAAGAUGAAUUACUUGAACGAUCAAUAUUUUCAUUGGAAGCAAUGGAACAAAUAACGAAUGAUAUUAAUUGUUUAAAUAAACAAGUUCAUUUAAUACGAACAUUUAAAACUUUAUAUGAUCAAUCACUUACAUUUAAUGUAUUUCAAUCAUAUGUUCAACAUAAUAAUUUAAUUCAAUAUGUUUAUGAACUAAAACAAAAUGAAGAAGAAAAUCCUGAUUUAAAUAAAUUUGUUAAUGAAUUUAAUUCCUAUAAUGAUUUACGUACAUGUGAAUGUAUUGAUUAUGUUAUGACUAUUUAUAUUAAAUUAGUUGAAUAUCAUACAAAUCUUUAUGAUAUAUAUGAAAAAAUGGUUGAUGAUAAACGUGAUAUACGUUCAAAACAAUUUGAUCGUAUUAUGUAUUAUCGUAUUGAAAUUUGUGAAUUAUUAUUACGUUGUAAUUGUUUACAACGUUUAUUAGUUGAAAUAGAAACUGCAAAAAAAUUUAUAGAAAAUUUUCAAAAUGAUACAAAAGAUCAACAAAAUUUUAUAUAUGAAUAUCAAUUUUUAAUAACUAAAUAUACAUAUGAUCUAUUUCAAGCUAUAGUUUUACAACGUACAAGAGCUAUACAUGAUUCAAAGCAAUUAUGUGAACAUAAUUUAAAAGAAUUAAAUCAAGCAUAUGAAAAUAAAAUUUGGGAAAACUUAAUAUCAUCAACAGAAUCAUCUGAUUUAUCAUCAGCAAAUGAUAAAAGAAAACAAUUUAGGCAUAGUAAGAGUGAUCUAUCAAAAGAUUCUUCGUUAGAGUUUAAUUGUAAUAGUCAAUCAUCUACAACACCAAAUUCGGAUCAGUUUUGCCUUUUUGAUGGUAAAUAUCGCCUUGAAUAUUUAUUAUGUCAAUAUAAUCUUUUACAAUUUGAUUUAUCUCGUCAGCAAUCAAUUGAUUCUAUAAAUACAUUAAUAGAGCUACAAUACUAUACAUUUCCAUUAUCAUUUUCUCUUCCAUGUACAAUAACUCUAGUUGAAUAUUUUUAUUGUCAAAAUAAUUAUAAUCAAUGUUUAACAUUAAUCAAUAAAAUAAUUCAUUUUUGGUGGUCAUAUACAAGUCCACGUGAAAAACUUGAGUUCGCUAAAUUAAAAUGUUUAUCAUUAAUAAUUGAAUUACAACAAGGUUCACUUAAUUCAGCUAUAUUAUCAGGUUAUUUUGCUAAACGUAUAUUAACUGGUUAUCAUGAAAAUAUAUUUCUUAUACAAUCAUGUAUACAUUUAACAUUAGCAUUAGUAGGUGAAAUGUGUAUAUCAAAUGUUGAAUUAAUUCUUCAACAUUUAGAAUAUUUAAGUGAACAAACAAUAAAUUGUUAUACGAAACUAUGGUAUUAUAUAUUAGUUAUUGAUAUUUCUAUUGAACUUGGUUAUGAAUUAUUACCAAUAACAAAUGAUUUACUUGAAAAUAUAACAAAAUAUCGUAAAAAACUUCUUCCAGGUUCAAAUGAAAGAAGUAUAUUACUUGUUUAUAGUGAUUGUACAUUAGCACAAGUUUAUGCACGUUUAGGUUUAUUAAAUUUAUCAAAAAUACAUUUUCAUCAAGCUUUAUAUCAAAUAAAAUAUGAUCAAAUGCAUUUGUCUAAUACUGAUUUUCGUUUUAAACGUUCGUUAUUAAAAUUAGUUGAAAUACAAUUAUUACAUUGGUACCAUAGAAAAGAACAUGAAGAAAAUGAAAUGCAAAAUUAUUUCUUAUUAAAUUAUCUAAAUGAAUUUAAAAAUGAUGAAUUUACAUCAUGGAAUAAAUCAAGAUUUUUUAUCUAUCAAGCUUAUUAUGAUAGAUUAAUUAAUGAUUAUAAUAGACACAAAAACUUUUCCAUUGAUAAUGAUUUCAAUUGGCAAACAAGUUUAUGCGAAGCUGAAAAAGAUGCUAUUAAACUUGAUCGUGAAUGGAUAAAAUGUUUAAGACAUGCAUGGAUACGUCCUGUUUCUGAACAAAUCUCAUUACAAGGAAAAUGUUUCGCAUCUGCAGAACAACAUCGUGAAUCAAAAACAUUAAUUAAACCAAACAAUCGAUAUUUUAUUCGAUCAUCAAUAUCUCAUAUGAAAAUAUUGCUGAACAAUGAUAUGAAGAUAAAAAACGAGGAUGCUGAUGAUCAUGAACAAUCUAUAACAAUAGAUAGUUACUUUCGACAAAAAUUUGUUGAUUUACGUUCAAUUACAAAUAAAAACAAUGCAUCACAAUUCCCACUUUAUGUUCUUCCGGUGAGAGUUUAA